AUGUUCUGCCACGGCGUGGACGACGGAACGCUGCAGCUCAUCCUCCAGAUGCAGCAAGAGGACCUCGAGGAACUCCAAAAGAUGAGCAAGGGAAAGCACCGAGAAAACGAACCGCCCGACUUUGAGCUUGCCAAAGACUGCUACAAGUCGGAGCUGGCAUCCCAAGCCCAGCUCGUCGCAGACAGAUGUAUGUCUAAGAGCAUCGCACGAGCCAUCCAGACCGACAGUCGAGCCAUCAGUGCUCUCGUAGCGCAAGAGAAGCAGGCGCAGAGAGACAGAGAAGCGGCUCUACGUGUAAGCCGUGGGGGAGUCGUCGGCGAGGAUGGCACGGACGAUGUAGAGGCUGUUGUAGGAGAGACGCCCUACCUGGACGAUGAGCUCUUGGGAAAGCUCAAGACGCUCAACGAAUCUGCGGGAAGCGCUGCCGAUGAAGAACGCGACGAAGACGACACACUGAUGCAACCAGAGUCAUCCUCGUGGGCCGAUUCACGAGCGCAUGCCAGCCAGGCAAGAAGCGGUAACGAGACAGAGCAAAGAGAGUGUAUUUGCUGCUUGAACCAGCAUGACUUCACCGACGUUGUCUGCUGCCCGUGCGGCCACGAGUACUGCCGCGCCUGCCUUGAGGCACUGGUCGAGAUGUCUCUUACCGACGAGUCCUUAUUCCCGCCCCGUUGCUGCAGCAAGUCGAUCCCGAUCGAGGACAACCGGACCUUCUUCCCGCCGAAACUCAUUGGGCAGUUUCGGGCCAAGGCGCUGGAGUUCUCGACGCCCAACAGAACAUACUGUCAUCUGGCGACCUGUUCAACCUUUGUCCCCAAAGAGUUCAUCAAGGACGACAUCGCCACCUGCCCCAAGUGUUAUUCGAGAACCUGCACAAUUUGCAAGGGCGUGGGGCACGAGAACCAGAACUGUCCGCAGGACACGGCUACUCAAAGCCUGCUCCAACUCGCCAAAGAGAACGGCUGGCAGCGAUGCUAUGGUUGUCGCCGAUUGGUAGACCUGAUUACCGGUUGCUACCACAUGACUUGUCGCUGCGGAGCUCAUUUCUGCUACCUCUGCGGUGAAAAAUGGAAAACCUGCAAAUGUGCCCAUUGGAGCGAGGAGAGGCUCUUCGCUCGCGCUAACGUCAUCGUGAACCGCGACGCAAACAUACCGGUGCUGCAACCCCAGCAAUUGGCCCGACGGAUGGAGAGGGAGGUGCAAAACCUCCUCGAGAAUCAUGAGUGCGGCCAUACUUACUGGGCCAAGCACUCAGCCCCGGGCGAGUGCGAGGAGUGCCACGACUACAUGCCCCGUUUCAUCUUGGAGUGCGUGCAAUGCCGAAUUCGAGCUUGUCAGCGGUGCAGGCACAAUCGACUUACGUAA